AAUCAGCCCCUCCCUCCCAGUCAGCCGACGGCGGCGGUGGUAAAACACCUGAUGCAUUUUCAUGAAAUCGAAGGUUCACGGAGGUGUCGUGUCUCAGCUCGAUUCCACUCGCGACGUAUUCUUCGUCUGGGAGGGAAAUUAUUCGAGCGAGCUCACCGCUCGCUGAUCGCGAGUGAUUCGCGCUGAUCUCCGCGAGUGAUACGCGCUCGACUUUCUCGAAAAACGAACGAACGAACGAACGAACGAACGCGACGAGCGCGAGGAGGUGCCACCUGCCAAGCUAACGGAGAGCUGAUCUCUGCGCGGCACUCGCUGCUCGACCUACGUAGGCUUCUUCCGAGCGAGUUCGCCAUGGGAAAGACCUACACGGCGGAGGAGAUCGUCCGUCACAAUCACAGCGAGUCCUUGUGGAUAGUGAUUCAUGGGAGCGUCUACGACCUGACGAAUUUCUACAGGAAGCAUCCCGGCGGCGAAGACGUGCUGCUGGACUUGGCUGGCAAGGACGGGACCGAGUGUUUCAACAGCAUCGGUCACUCUUUCGAAGCGAUCACGCUUCGGGACACUUACAAGAUCGGAGAAAUGAAGAGAGACAUGAAUCUGGACGGACCAGACCGAGAGGCUGAAUCAGAGUCGAAGGAAUCAGUGGAAGAGUCUCAAGACGAAGAUUGGCAGGCUCGGGAACAAUAUGAGAUGGAGAAAGAGGAGAAGGAGAGAAAGUCGUUUGUUCCGUUGAUCGGCGUCAUGGUCGUAAUUUACGCGUUUAUAGUUUACUACGUAUGGUUCUGAUAAAAAUAAUUGAACCACAUAAUGACUCCCCCCCCCCCCAAGAAAUUCACACGACGAGCGUAAUUAAUUAAGCGGAAUGCCAAAGUGCGUACGAUAUUAUACGUGAUAUUGCGUGAAGUUCAUUAAUGUCAACGAUAAAUGUCGAGUCAUUUUUUCCUUCUUCUGUCUUUACACGAAGCUCCCGGCGAUUCCAAGUUACGCGAUGAUUGUUCUCUAUAACGCCGAUGAAGAAUGAUUAAAGGAGAAUUACCAAACUCAA